CCGCAGUCGGCCUCGGCCCCGGGGGGCUUGUCCCGGGCCUCGGCGUCCCAGGGCGGAGAGCCUGCCGCGCUCCAGAGCUGUGCCGGGCCAUGGAGGAGCCCGGGUCCAGGGCAGAUCCAGUCCGACUACUUGAUCAUUAACAGACACUUUCGAGCCUAACCAUUAUGAAGCAAUUAUGAGACGCAGAGAUAGAGCAGUGAAGAAAAUAAACACCUCCCUGCUACUCUGGAACCUCUCCUCUGUGGAUGAGAAGAGAAUGUGGAGACUAGAGCAGAGGCCCUGGAAGAAGUGAUGCCAUGCCCUUCCAGCACCCCUCUGUUCCAGCAGGAAGGCAAGCGAGGGGUCACCUACCGGAUCCCUGCCCUGCUCUACGUGGCCCCUGCAGACACCUUCCUGGCCUUUGCAGAGAAGCGGUCCACGAGCAAGGAUGCCGAUGCACUCCACCUGGUGCUGAGGCGAGGGCUGAGGACAGGGCGCUCAGUGCAGUGGGGACCCAUGACACCGCUGAUGGAAGCCACAUUACCUCAUCAUCGAACCAUGAACCCCUGCCCUGUGUGGGAGGAGAAGCAUGGCCUCGUGUACCUCUUCUUCAUCUGUGUGCGGGACCACGUGACCGAGCAGCAUCAGAUUGUGUCAGGCCGGAACGCAGCCCGCCUUUGUGUUAUCUGCAGUGAGGAUGCUGGCCGUUCAUGGGGCGGGGUGAGGGAUCUGACGGAGGAGGUCAUUGGGCCCGAGGUGAAGCGCUGGGCCACAUUUGCUGUGGGCCCGGGUCACGGUGUCCAGCUGCAAUCAGGAAGGCUGGUCAUCCCUGCCUAUACCUACUACAUCCCUUACUGUUGCUUUGGCUUCCGGCUGCCCUGUGCCUCCAAGCCUCAUUCCCUGAUGAUCUACAGUGAUGAUCUAGGUACAACCUGGCACCAUGGCCAUCUCCUUCAGCCCCUGGUCACAGGGGAAUGCCAAGUGGCAGAGGUGAAAGGGAGAACCAAUCACCCUGUGCUGUACUGCAGUGCCCGGACACCCAAGAAGCACAGGGCAGAAGCAGUCAGCACCGAUAACGGCGAAUGCUUUCAGAGAUCAGUCCUGAGCCAACAGCUCUUGGAGCCCCCACAUGGCUGCCAAGGCAGUGUCGUGAGUUUCCAGCCCCGGGAGCUCCUCCAUGGGUACCAGGCCCCGAAGGGCAAAGACUUUUCUCCCAAGAAGUCGCACCCUCAGCCUGACAACUCUCAGAGACUGCAGCAGGAAGCAGGAAGCGAAUCAUGGCUUUUGUACUCACACCCAACCAACAAGAAACGGAGGGUCAACUUGGGCAUCUACCUCAACCACUCGCCUCUGGAGGCUGCCUGCUGGUCCCGCCCCUGGGUCCUGCACUGGGGACCCUGCGGCUACUCUGAUCUGGCCGCUGUGGAGAAGGAGGGCUUAUUUGGGUGUUUGUUUGAGUGUGGGAUAGAGCAGGAGUGUGAACAGAUUGCCUUUUGCCUGUUCACAGAUGAAGAGAUCCUUAGUCACAUGCAGGAGCACUGCAUCAACCCUGCUAGGAACCCCGAGCUGGUCCAGAGCCCGCCAACUUAGCAUGUGCCUUUUCACAGGCAGGGAACUGGGGGAGGCUCGGGAAAAGGAGAUCAGUGCAA